UCCGGGAUAUUCCAAACAACUUCGAUUCGUCUGUACGCGUUGGGUAUGGGUCGCGUAUUAGGGUACGCAUUGGUGGUGUGUUUGCUAGGGUGUUGCUGGUGGGCAACCGAGGCCACCGCAGCGACGACGACGCUGUCCGGAAUUUACGUCGAUAACGGCGUCGGUCAGACGGUGCUGGAGGAUGCACUCUCGUUCGAGGAGCAGCAGGAGAUCGAGAAUGAAAUUUUGAACCUGCUCGGGCUUCCGGGACCACGGCCGGCCGUCCGCCAUCUACAUUCCUCGGUCGGCAAAUCUGCGCCGCAAUUUCUGCUGAACGUCUACGAUCAACUGCAGCAGGAGGAGAAUGAUGCCGCCGGUGGUGGAGCUGCCCAUAUACGAAAGGUUCGUAGUACAGACCUGGACAUCCUGAUUACCGAUGCCGACAGGAAAGCUAUUGAUGAGAGUGAUAUUAUUAUGACCUUUUUGAACAAGAAUCACCACGGGUCUGAAAUGCGCCACGAGAAGGGUCGCCGUUUGUGGUUCGGGAUCACCAACAUCGAGAACGACGUCAGCGUGCUGAUGGCAGAGUUGCGUCUCUAUCGGAAGCUGAACCUGAACAAGUACACCACCUACAACACGUCGCUGACACUGACGGUGUAUGCGCUCACCGAGCUGAACGGCGAAAGUGAAAUGACGGAAAUCUCGAGCAUGGAGCUGACGGGCGAUUACGAGGGUUGGUUGGAAGUCAAUGUUACCGGUGCGGUUAACCUGUGGCUAAAAAAUAGACAGGCCAACCAUGGUCUGUACAUUGGAGCGUACUUUGGAGAUCGCGUUGAACGGGAGGUGAAGCUAGAUGAUAUUGGAUUCGUUAGUGCGCGUGGAAGUGAGGAGUAUCAGCCAUUCUUGGUGGUGUACGCCAAUAGUCAACAGCAGAUGAUGAAGCCGAUUCUUCAACGGCACCUAACGCGCAAUAAGCGUAGCCAGCCAUCGCGCAAGCGCAAAAGUGGUAAAACCGAACACCGGCACCCGUUCCAAUAUCAUCAGCCGUACGAUCAGCACAAGAGCUGCCGGAUCCAGCAGCUGUAUGUUAGCUUCAAAGAUCUGCAAUGGCAUGAGUGGAUUAUUGCACCGGAAGGCUAUGGAGCGUACUACUGCAGCGGCGAAUGUAACUUCCCGCUCAACGCACACAUGAACGCUACCAACCAUGCGAUCGUACAGACACUGGUACAUUUAAAUCAUCCAACAAAGGUGCCCAAACCGUGCUGCGCUCCAACCAAGCUGGUUCCCAUUUCCGUGCUGUAUCACAUCGACGAGUCUAAUGUGAAUCUUAAGAAAUACAAGAACAUGGUUGUGAAAAGCUGCGGAUGCCAUUAG